UGUUUUUGAAGAAUAUUUAAGUUUUGAAAAAUGUUCACAAUAUCCAGCGAAAAAAGCAUUAUGUUCAAUGUUACAACUAUUUAAAAAUGCAGCAGCACAUAAGAAAAAACACUGGUAGAAUAUUAGUAAUGGUUCUAUGUAUGUGGUAGGAUAAAAUGUUUUUAUAUUUUUUUAUUUUAAAAAUAUUUUCUAAGCUUUCUAUAGUUAACAUGCUACUGUUGAGAGGGGGAAAUUGUAGACAUUUUCAAAGUAAUGAGUACUACAAUGUGAUUCCAACAUCAGGUGACAUCUUGUCUUGACCCAGUAAUGAGUUCCCAAACCAGAACAGGUAAAUUCCAGAGAGGACCUGAUAGUGGUCCAUGGUGUAGGCUCACAGUAGAAUGAACUGCAGCGCUUCAAAAACAUACCAGUGCCAGGGCCCAUGCACAGAAGUUGUGUUCUGAUUUGUGGCCCAGCAAAUAGGUAGUUUUUACAGCUCCCCAGGUGGUUGUCAUGGCAGCUGUGAUGAAAACCAUCCCCUUCAACUAACCUUCAGGUUCCCAGUAAGAGUGAGUUUUGCCCUUCACCUCAGUAAAAACUCCCUCAAUAAGGACUUCAGCAACUCCCCAAAUGUUUCCAAUGACUCCUUGUACUGGGGCUGCAGCAAAGCCUCUGACCAGAGCACUUCAGACAAGAUGUUAGCCAGUCUGCAAAGCUGCCUGGGAGAGACUUUUCCUUGUGACAGAGAUGCAGAUGACUUCUCAUCCAGUGGGUCCUGACUGCAUGUUACUCAGACUUCUUGUCUUUGAUGGUAGGCAGCGUAGGCAGAAAGCUUGCCAUGGAUUUCUAUGGCAUGCCCAAGGGAGAACGUGAGCUUAUGAAGACACGGGGCGAGAGGUAGCGCUGGACACUAACUGGUGUGACUUCCCUGUAGGUCCCCCUGCAAAGGCCAGGAGAUGGCCUUUGCCAGGCCACAGCGGGACAUUCUGCUGUUCCUGAGCAUCAUGGUCCUCACGGUCCUGGUUACCUCCUUGCUGUUCUACGCUCUUCUCUGGAAGGCUGGCAACCUCACUGACCUGCCCAACCUGAGGAUCGGCUUUUACAACUUCUGCCUGUGGAACGAGGAUGCCGUGUCCCUGCAGUGUUACCAGUUCCCUGAGCUGGAGGCCCUGGGUGUGCCUCGGGUUGGCCUGGCCCUGGCCAGGCUUGGCGUGUAUGGGUCCCUGGUCCUCACCCUCUUUGUCCCCCUGCCUCUCAUCCUGGCCCAGUGCAACAGCAACAUGGGAGAGUGGCGGCUGGCAGUGGGCUUCCUGGCCACAUCUACUGUGCUGCUGGCCAGUGGCCUGUGUCUUUUCCUCUCCUACGUUUGGAAGUGGGUCAGGCUCUCCCUUCUGGGGCCUGGGUUUCUAGCUCUGGGCAGCGCCCAGGCCUUACUCAUCCUCUUGCUUAUGGCCACAGUUAUGUUCCCUCUGAGGGCCCAGGGGGACAAGAGCAAGCUUGAGUGUUGCUAGUCUGGUCUAGAGGCUUAUGUGAUGUCAAAGGUCUAGCGCCAACUGUGCUUGGAGAAGGCGACGUGUCUUCUCACGCAUUUCUCAGCUGAUGCUGAUCUCAAGCUCCAGCCAAUGGAACCUUCCACAGAGCAGGGGGUCCCCAGUGUCAAGGAGGCUAAGGUAGCAAGGGCGGUGGGGCAACUGCAGCUUCUUAGUGUAGGUCUGUCUGUCCUUCAGAAUUUGCAAGGCUACCCAAAACACCCUGGAACCACACAACUCAUCGUCAUGCCAAUUCCUGCUUUAAUUAAUGGAUUUGAGCAAAUCUUACUCUAGCCUCCGGAGGGUGGGCAGGGAAGGAUUCAAAUCAUGGGGCCAGACUUCCAGGUUGAUUUGUCAGAUGCCAAACUGGAACCCAGUGAAGGUUUAUGGCAAAAAAUGGGAACAUUAAGAGACCAGCCUGGUCAACACAGUGAGACUUUGUCUCUACAAAAAAAAAUUUUUU